UCUCCAGCCAGGCCCUUCCCGCUGCUCCCUGGGAGCCUCUCCCAGGGCAGAGCCCCCAGCCUGGUGAGGGCCCCUUCCCGGCCUGGCCCCUGCCCCAGGGGGGCCCCGCUCGGAGGGAAGAUGCUGGUGACCUUCGAGGAGGUGGCUGUGUAUUUCACCCAGGGGCAGGGGGCUCUGCUGGACCCCGCUCAGAGAGCCCUCUACAGGGGCGUCAUGCAGGAGAACUACGAGACGGUGACCUCGCUGGGAUUCCCCUUUCCCAAACCUGAGCUUAUCUCCCACCUGGAACGAGGGGAAGAGCCGUGGGUCCCGGAUCUCCAGGUCUCCGAGGAAAGAGAGAGCCUGAGACGCACCUGCACAGCAGGUGCUGAGCGAGGGAGUGAGAACAAGGAGGGGAAUCAUCAUGAGGCAGUUCCUGGGGAAGUGGAACCACAGGGGACCUUUGUGGGAAGAGCUGAAGGGAAUUUUUCCCAGUGCGGGGAACAAGGAGAAGCCUGGGGAAAUUGGCACAGGUCAGAGAACCUUCAGGGUCACCACCCAAGGAAAAAACUGGAUGAAUCUAUUAAAUGUGGGGGAGGAGACAAGGAUCCCACAACCCAGCAGACAAAUCCCAAGGAAGAGACAUCCUGUCACUGCCUGCAGUGUGGGAAAGGAUUCAUUCCGAGAUCACAGCUUCUUACACAUCAGACAAUCCAUAAUGGAGAGAAACCCCUUCAAUGCUUCGACUGUGGGGAAAGCUUCAAGAAUCGCUCAGACCUGAAUAACCAUGGGAGAAGCCACACAGUAGAGAGAGCCUCUCAAUGCCUCAAGUGUGGAAAAUGUUUCAUUUGGAAGUCAGAACUGCUUAGACAUCAGUUAAGUCACACAGGAGAGAGACCCUAUAAGUGCUUUGACUGUCUGAAAAGUUUCAUACAGAGGUCAGACCUCCUUAAACAUCAGGCAGUCCACACAGGAGAGAGACCCCAUAAGUGCUUCGACUGUGGGAAAAGUUUCAUACAGAGGUCAGACCUUUUUAAUCAUCAGGCAAUCCACACAGGAGAGAGACCCCAUAAGUGCUUGGACUGUGGGAAAAGUUUCAUACGGAGGUCAGACCUUACUCAUCAUCAGAGAAUCCACACAGGAGAGAGACCUCACAAGUGCUUGGACUGUGAGAAAAGUUUUAUACGGAGGCCAGACCUUAUUCAACAUCAGAGAAUCCACACAGGAGAGAGACCUCACAAGUGCCUGGACUGUGGGAAAAGUUUCAGACGGAGGUCAGCUCUUUUUAAACAUCAGGCAUUACACACAGGAGAGGGAUCCCAUAAGUGUUUAGUCUGUGGAAAAAGUUUUGUAUGGAGGUCAGACCUUGUUAAACAUCAGGUAUUCCACAUAGGAGAGAGACACCAUAAAUGUUUAGACUGUGGAAAAAGAUUCAUACGGAGGUCAGACCUUGUUAAACAUCAGGCCAUCCACACAGGAGAGAGACCCCAUAAGUGUGUGGACUGUGGAAAAAGUUUCAUACAGAGGUCAGACCUUCUUAAACAUCAAUUAAUCCACACAGGAGAGAGACCCCACAAGUGUUUAGUCUGUGGAAAAGGUUUCAUAUGGAGGUCACGCCUUGUUAAACAUCAGAGAAUCCACACAGGAGAAAGACCCCACCAGUGCUUGGACUGUGUGGAAAUUUCACACAGAGAUCACACCUCAUUAAUCAUGAGAGAAUCCACACAGGAUCUAAAGUUCUCUGAGACAGGGACAGAAAGUGUUAAGGAAAUUGCACGUCAUUGACCUAGAUUCAACCUUUAGAGACAUGUUAGAAAAGUCCUCGUUAGAUAAACUAGAGCUUCAAAAGGUAAACGUGUAUUGUUAAAGACAUGGAAGAAGAUGGUAACUAUAGUAGUCGUUGUUUAGCUAUAUCUUGUUAGAGGUGAACAAUGGUAAUAAACGGUUCCUGUCUAGGGCUGUAUUCUGUUAAUUCAAAGAUCAAAAGGGAAUAUUAACAUUUAGAUAAAACUUGAUUGUAAUAAUGUCAUUGUUUGUCUUCUGAAAGUUUGUGAUAAACUGUCUAUGAACUGCUUUAUGGAGAAUUACCUGAUGUUAAUCUAUGUAAUUACCAGUGAUGAUUAGGAAAUAGAAGGUUACUUCAAAAGCCUAUUGUUUAGCCAAGGACUGUGUGCUGUCAAGAUGCUGCAAAAAUGAUCCUUUCUUCUCUGAUCUGCCUAAGCUUUAUUCAAUGGGGAGUGUGAGUCAGAAGACGGAGAUCUCCAGUCCCAUCUGGACCCCCCUGACAUUGAAAUUUGGAUAUUGGACUAGAACUUGAUGAAAUGAUUCUGAAAAGGACUCUUUGCAAUUCUAAAGCAUCAUCCCUACAGUGAAACUGACCUAAGGACUCUAUGCAUGGCUGUAUGUACAAUGAUCUUUUCACCAACACUCUCUCUUUUCUUCUUUUAAUAAAUCUUAGUUGAGUUAAUA